AUGUCGAAUCAAGGUCAAGACAAGCCUACUUCAUGUGCCUCAUCACUAUCCUCAUCUCUCACCUCGUCUUCGACACUUCACUCUCCUAGUGACAGUUGCGGUGCGCUGGCUUUGGACUACGAUGAACCACUCACUCCGAAUGUAUCACCGAUCGAAUCCUACAAUGCCAAACAGACAUACACUUUACAGCCUUCACCGAAAUUGGUCACAUACCAGACAACACUGAUUCUCGACGAAACUUCAAUUCGGAAUUUCUACGGAAAAACUAAAUAUUGGUUCGAGAAUUUUAGCAAAGACGCAGCGAGAGUGGGGUACCUACAGUCACUUUCCUUGGAGGAAGUUGUCCGAAUAGCCCUGUGGUGGUUCCUUCAUGGUCGAAUGAAACUAGUCCCUCUACUUCGUGAAGGCGUAGCGUUUCCUUUCGCACAGAACGACAACAAAAUCUUAUUGCGACAAGCACACAUGAACCUGGCCAAAUGUCUAUGGAUCAUCGAAGAAACAAGGAGAUUUAAAAAUCUUAACGUGGAAGAAACAAAUGAAACGGAUGAAUUACCAGAAACGGAAUUGCUGUCACUUCGUUUAGCUCUUCUCAUUGGAUUGAGAUGUGCCGUUUUGGCAAUGCAAAAACAUGGGAUCUUUCCAGAGUCUUCUCUAACACCCAUAGAUCUUGAUGACUCGUUAAUCUACGUUCCGUACCAGCACAUGGUGUAUUUGACGAUUCGACAUCAUCUGGCUCCCUUGCAGACAGAGGAUCUCUCAAUUUCAAAAGUGUUUCCGCUCAAAGAUACAGCUGAAACCUUUCAUUACGGUGGAAUACAUGUUAACCUCGAACUGCCAUCCACCUCUGUGCAUGAAAAGGUUCCUGCGAUAAUGUCAGUGGUUAGGUCCAGAGACCAACGAACAAUUUCAGCGGUUUGUGGAAAUCAAGAUGGAAAGAUUAGUUUUGUGAUUGAAGCAGCAGGAGACUGCCGUUGGAGAGAUGCAAGCUGGAAGACGACUACAACGACUUUGGAGAUCACCUUCAAGACGGGAUUUCGAAUGAAUAUCCAGUUUGGAGCGUGGGAUUUUAAGGUUUUAAAGGGGAUUUAUGACCACGAGAGGGACGCACUCGAUUCAUUUGAAGUGUCAAACAACGAAACACUUGUUUUCGAAACAUCAGUUGAACAUGCGCAGUACGGGGUGAAGCAGAUUAGGGGGACAAAAAGAUUUCCUCUCGAAGAGAUCGCAAAUUGCAGACUCCGUCUAUUUGAAAAGAAAGAGCUCAAAGGUCUGGGGACAGGUUCCAGUAAAUUACAUUGCGGAUACAGGAUCUCAAUACUCACACCAACAUGGGUCAAGGAUUUGAGGGUAUUUUCUGAGGAGAUCUUUCCAAGUCAAGCUGUGCGAUUCGGGUUUCUUGGGGGAGAGCCAGGAAGUAAAGCUAUUUCGUUGCAAUUUGAAAGGGAGGAUCUGAUGCUGUGUUUCUCACAGCCUGAAGAUUGUGUUGACUUCCUUGCGCACUUGACGGGGAUUUUCCUCCAUGAACACGAGCAUACGGUCACGCGUGGACAUCUGAAUAGUGUCAACUCAUUCAAAAUCUCAUCGUGCAUGGAACCCCUCGGUAGCCUUCGUAGCUUUGGAAACUUUCAAUGGCAAAGCUUGAGGGUGAUUGCGCCCAAAGCAGAAGAGUCACAGCGCGGACUGUGUGAGUCGCUUCGAAUUAUUGUAGACUCUUCAACAGGGCGGUUGACGGAUCGAAUCAACGUUGGCCUCGGCGAGCUGAAAGUUCGGCGAAAUGUAAUAUCAUCGGGACACGAGCUUCAGAUAUUGCGACAACCACAAGAGGACCUUACAUUCACAGUUUCGGAUCUUACGGUAGGAGAGGAAUUCACAGAUGCAAUGCACCAGGACCUGCACACUCUGCGACGAGAACCAUCUGUUCGGACUUAUACUUUCCCCAACCUCGCCGAACUUCACGCUUUUCAGGAGGCAGUAACUGGUUUUAAAGUUCUGUAUGAUGGAGUUCCAUCAUCCUUCUCAAUCUCACGUCGCAGGUCUAUGAUACCCCGCGCCAAAGCAUGGACACCGUUAUAUGCACGACUCCAAAUUCUGAAUCGUGGUAAGGUCAGACAGUUGGUUGCAUACUUCCAAGAAUUCAGCCAUGGAAAGUGUAUGAAUUUCCGAUUGAAAGAGACCGAUGUUUUUGAAAAGUCGAAAAAAGGGGGACUUACCAUUCUGAAAUUCGUAGAUGCAAAGUUCUCCUUACCAGCUGGUGGGAAGAAUGAUCCGGGUCUGGAAAGAGGAUUCGUUUGUCUGGAUCUGCUAGAAUAUCCCGGGGAGCACAGCAACCUUUACCUUGGCUUUGAUUCCAACUCUGAGUUUGUAAAGUUUGCAGAAGCAUUACCUCGGCUAGUAAAGGGUUGA